AAAAACGUUGAUGUUUUUAAUUGCCUUGACCUUAUGGAUAACAAAUUGUUCAUCGAGGAUCUUAAGUUCGGACCCGGUGAUGGAUACUUAAAUUAUUAUAUGUACAAUUGGCGUUGCAAAGAUAUGGAUAGUGGAAAAGUUGGUGUUGUCAUGUUAUAA